AUGACAAAUUAUCAAAAAUUAUAUCGAGGUAAUAAAAAUUACUUUAUUGGACGAAUGUCUGAUAAAAAUGCUCGUUUGGUUGUAAAGAAAAUUAAAUUAAGCAAUGGGUCAAGCGGGACUGAAGAAGGAAAUAAGUACGCAAACAAAGAUAGAUGAGCCAGAAAACACAGAGAAAAUUAUAGAUUUAUUGUUGAUAUCGUCUGGAUUGCGAUCAUCUUUAUGUUUGGUAUUAUAAUGAGUGCCAAACUAGCGCUAGGCGCAAUGAUCUUAUUUUGGGCGUACCAUCAUCAACUAUUCAGAAGAAAGAAAUCAAAAGACAAAUAUUUUUACUAUAAAACAACGUUAGAAACAGUGAUGGAAGUGACUGAUGAGUCAGACAUAGAAUAA